AGAGAAAAGACCGUAUUACAUCUUCAUCAUUAUCUUGAUAGGUCAAGAUACAGAGUGAUUGUGAUAAACAUUCUGUUUGAAUAGCAUGUAGGAGGAAAUAUGGUUGACCGAGACUGUAAACCAGCAGACAGACUGACAAAGAGCUACUUUCAUGGAGCAUGUGGAGUCCCUCUCAGUGGAGAAACCAUAGGAGAGGUACUAUUACACGAGGAAAUAGAUCCUGACAAAGUAAUAUUUGCUGCACCGGAACUCAAUCAAAAAAUGACUGUAAAGGAACUUCGCAAAGAGUCCUUACUGUUCUCCAAAUGGCUAAUAAAGAAUGGAAUUCAGAAAGGUAGCAUUGUCCUGGUCAAUGGAGUGGCGGAUCUGAAGUAUUUUCCCUUGCUUUUAGGAACAGUCUCGAUUGGAUGUAUUUGUCAAUCAGCUUUCGAUUCACAUUUUAAAAGUCAGCUGCAGGUUUGUUACGGGGCUAGCGAAUGUUUAGUAGGAACUUGUACAUCUCCUGUCCUGUCCACUCCGGACCAACGCUUGGACACUGUAGGAUAUCCAUUCCCCCAUACAGAGGUAAAAGUUAUUGGAGACAAGGACGAAAUACUACCAAUCAACGUACAAGGUGAAAUUUGCAUAAAAGGAUUUGGUGUAUUUUAUGGAUACUUAAACAACAAUGAGCCAGGGACAGGUCCCUUGGACAACCAGGGAUGGUUACACACUGGGGAUAUUGGUAAAAUGGAUGAAACAAGUCAUGUGACGUACAUUGGCCGAAAAACUGACUGCUUGUUUUUCAAACAUAAUGGUGAAAAAAUUUAUCCAAAACAACUGACUGAGAUAAUUUCUUCCCAUGCAGAUGUGUUAGGAUCAGCGGUAGUUGGCAUUCAAAGCGAUGAACAAGGUGAUAAUUUUUUUAUAUUUUAUGUGUGA